AUGCAAAAUGAAAUCGCUGAAACAGUCAAUGCAGCAACUACUCAUUUUGAGGCGUUGGAAAAGCUUCUGGUGGACUACGCCCGUCAAGGAGGAAGCAACAGCAUCUCCAUGUGGGACCUCAGAGAUGCGUUUAGCGCUAUCAUACCCACCUCGGACCCAUACUUCACAUAUAGGUUUUCCGUCUUCGCACGCACGUGCAUCGACCUCGACGCCAGGGCACAUCGCCGGAUCUGGGAAACUGUUGACGCCGUCCCAGACAAUGUCUCUCCACAAUCACUGGAGGAGGAUGAGCCGAUUGUGCUAUCGGCAGGAAGUGCAGCGGACAAUCUCCGAGCCCCUGAACCGGUGCUAUUCCACGCAAGACCGGUUUUCAUUGAUGCCCUUGCAAAAGAUCCCUUCAAUGACGAAGCCCUUGAAGUGGCAGCGAACUGUCCAGUUGAAGAUGGACAACCACUUAAGGAGAUAUCCCCUACUCCUCCCUCUUGUCGCGAGACUCAAGCUAGGAGCGGCGUUCAAAAAGCCCUCGCCAAGCAAGACACUCCCGAAGUCCCAGAAGGUCUGCCAGGAGGUCAAGAUCACCCCGUCAAACACGAAGGAGAUACUCCCCUAGCCAGCGUGAAAGAAGUCCGGGGCACAGCCACUACAAACACCGCGAGUCAAGUCUACGGGGAAGAAGAAGCCAUGCCACACCUCCCACCACGCCCUUUGAACGUUGUACCAAGUGCCUUGCUACAAACAGCGUCCGCACCACGGCACCGACCUCAACUUCCUACAGGUCCCCCUCAAUCGACGUCCAGAGGAAAACAACGACAAACAUGUCCUUCUCCUGACGAAACAACCAACGAGCGGGCCAUCCAAUUGGCCCUUCAAAAAUUAUUGGUCUCGGCGGGCGCAAAACCCACGAAACAACUUGCCUUCCAAGCACCGAGAAAUGAUCUUGAAGGGAGAAAAUUUUUGACUUUGGCUAGAGAAAUCAGCGAUAUCAAAAAUGAGUACAAAGAAGAAAUCAAAAGAUCAUGUUCCCUUUUUGAAGAGUCUCAAAACAAACCCGCUCAAUAUCCAAAAUCCCAGAUUAAAGACUUGCUGGAAUAUAAUUACGUUGAUCUUGAAAAACUAUACGUCAAGGUUUACAGUAAACCAUCUUCAUCCAGAACCAUCAAAGUCAACAAAGCAGAUGACCUGGAAUUCGUGGAAAAAGUCAAGGGUUUACCAAUCCGAGAUAAAGUACACUGGCAGCACCUCAUCAGGAUCAUCGAGCACGCUUAUAAAGCAGCUUUUCCACCAGCAACAAAAGCCGUCGGGACUUACUUCAAUUACAUCUUGGAACUGGUGGCCGAUCCUAGCUUGGGGGUCCAUUGGGAAGAUGUACGAAACUACGACGCAGCUUUGCGACAUCAAUUCGCGCAAAGACCCUGGAUCAGCUUUGGAGACUGGACAAACCCAGAGCUGGAUAGCAUCAAAAGCUGA